ACACCGGCGGGCCGCGGGACCCAGCCAGGUGGCACCCACGUUCUCCAUGAGCCCCAGUACUUGAACUUGUAUAAAUCUAUAUUUUUGCAACCUAAUCACAUACAGUAAAGCUAGUGAGCAUGAUAACUCAAGAAAAAUUUCCCCUUAAAUAGUGCGAGUAAUGAUAAACAUGCGAGGUAGGGCCUCUGGGGCUGGGGGCGCCGUCGUCGCGGCGACAGCAAGAAAUUUAAUAAUGAGUUGACCGUCCGUCUUAGUAUAAUGUCCUUGAUAUUGGUAAUUGAUGCUGUGCGCGUGAGCGAGGAGGAAAGAUGCACCUAAGAUGCCAAGUCAGUUUGGUGGUAUAAGCGCUGUCCAUAGUCUUGCCAGCGAGGACACCGAGCGCGACAGUAGUACUCGCAACACCGCUCGUCCUGCGUACAAUAUUAUCAUGGAGGACACACGAAUAAAAAAAAUUGCUGACACCGUUUCAACACAUCCUGACUUCCCUAAGCCUGGAAUCCUAUUUCGAGAUAUUUUUCCUGUCUUGGCUGAUCCUGCAGUCUUCAAUGACCUCAUAAAUGUGAUGGUGGAGCGUGUCCAAGCCAGCCAUCCGACUCCUGAUGUAGUGGUUGGGUUAGAGUCCCGAGGGUUUCUUUUUGGCACCCCACUGGCUUUGGCUUUGAAGGUGCCAUUUGUCCCAGUGCGCAAGAAGGGCAAGUUACCAGGAGAAGUGAAGCAAGUCUCCUUCUCCCUGGAAUAUGGAACAGAUAUUUUUGAAGCACAAGCUGGGAGAAUAAAAGCUGGACAAAAUGUAUUGAUUGUGGAUGAUCUCCUUGCCACUGGGGGCUCGAUGAAGGCUGCUUGUGAACUGGUGACAUCUAUGGGUGGUGAAGUGACACUGUGCCUGGUCUGCAUUGAGCUGGUUGACUUGAAGGGUCGAAAUAAGGUGGAACAUCCUGUUGACACAAUCUUAAAGUUUUAGCAACUACACUUGGGAAAUGCAUACAAAUUUAUAUAAUCAGUGAAUUCUGUAUGGCUGUUUGAUACUAGCAUUACCAUGUACAGUAGUAGUACCUUGACUUGCGACUAAUUUGUAAAAUGACCAUGAACAUCAAACAUGGUAGAAGCAUAACUUGAAAACAAACCAAAAAAAAGGCCCAAUGAUUCUUCUCUCCCUUGCAUGGUGUGCAUCAUCCUCUUUUGUGGCACGUCUCCCACAACAUGCGUCUCUUGCAAUGUCAGCAUCUCUUCGCUCAUACUGUGCUUUCCUACAUUAUUUUGUGACUGUUUUUGUUAUUGUGACCUUACAUUGCUAAAAUUUUGGCCCAGAUUAUGAAGCCUUUAAAGGAAGGUGCUAAGAUGAUGAUUGCAUUUGAGACAAAGAAGGGGAUUAUCAUUGUUUGUUGUUUUCUUUUUUUCAAUUUGGGGUAAUAAUUUGUAAACAUAAUAUCAUUUAAAAUUACUUCUGUAUGAAUGAAUAUUUCUUGGUUGAUAGAACAGACGUUUCCAUUAAUUUUUAUGGGGAAAAUUGAGUCGACUUAAAGUGAAUUGGACUAUGAGGCAUAAGCCCUUACCAGUAACGGAUUACAUGCUCGCAAUCUGAGGUACUACUGCACUUAGUUUUGUUGUUCUACAGUGGUGAUUAGAACGAGGUAUGCUCUACUUUGGAUCCUCACUUACUGCCUUGCCAUUCCAUUUUUACAUUCCAAGUGUCAGUUUGAAUGCAGUAGUAUAUAGUUUUCAUGGUUCUAGUUUUGUUAUAGGUUUUGGGCACUAUUUAAUCCUGUGGGUGGAUUUUGGGGUACAAUUAAUUAUAAUAUCAUUGUAGUUGUGAUGUAUCUGGCUGGGCAGGAUACAUUGAUCGUGUAGUCUUGAAUCAUUAGUGCAUUAUUGUUUUCUUACCAGUACAUUUGCUGACAUGCUCAAAUAAUUAAUAAAAAUGAACUGGGAUAAUGCUCUAGUGAACUGUAUAUCUGUUUGUUGAACUUAUCAAAAGACUUUUACACUUAUCAUUUUUGUUUAUUAAUAAUAGAUAUUUAAUAAAAUAUAAUAAGUGUAAAUGCAUAUCCUAUAUAUAAAAAUAUUUCAUACAAUCAACAAAUUACAUAUGAUACAUAUUUCACACUUUAUAUACACAUUUAACAAGCUAGUAAGUUUCAACAGAGCUUGUAAGAUGACAUCAAGAAGAAAAAAAUUAACAAAACUUUUCUCCUACAGAAAAUUAUUCAUCUCACUUCUUUUGCAGUUGAAAUUAUUUAACAUACUUUGUGAAUCACAAUUACACACCAUUAACACACACUACAAUACAACAGGGUAUUCAUCAUACAAAACUAGAGAUUUUUUUUCUUUUACAACAGCUAACUUGGCUUACAACCAACUCAUCACUUGGGUGAUUACAAAACAAUAAACACUAUAUAUACUAUGCUUUAUGUGGUAGAAGGCACUCUUUAUACAUGCUUUACUGCACUUAAAAUAAUAAAUAUUUUAUUCAUU